GAGCAACCAAACAGUUUGGGAAACAUUCCGCGGGCUUAGACUGGGUGGUAGUCACCUCCUUGGGUAGGCCCUGCAGGCUGGACUCGUCAGAGAUGCAGGUGCGCUUUGGCCGCCGCUCUGGACAGACGAGGGAAGAUGCAGGAAUGAAGAACUCAAAAGAAGAUGAAGUGUACUAUCCACCUCUCCUACCUAGCAAGGUAGAUCUCCAGCAAGUCACCAUAAUUCCACACAAUGAGUGGGAAAGAAUUCAGGAUAGCCUUGACAGGUUGACAAGAGAAGCAGCAGCUCUUCGUGCAGAAAGACAGGCAAAGAAAAAAAUGCAUGUCCAGUCCCAAGAAUUGGUAAAACAUUGGACAAAUACAUAUGCAGGAAUGAAAGAACAGAAACUUAAAGCCAAAAAAAAGCAUGAUGAAGAACUGGAAGCAGAAAGACAAAUUCUUGAUUUGGAGGAAGAAAUAUACAAACAAGGAGAAAGAAAAAAGGCCAUUGAAAAUGCAAAGCAUCAUCAGUUUUACCAGACAGAAAGAGUGAAAAACUUCCAUUCAGGACUUCUUCUCAGUAGAGUUAUGAAAGAGCGUGAUGCCCAGAUUCAGUUCCAAAAGAGUACACUAAAAUCAGAUAAAAAAUGGGAGGAACAACUGAAACUCAACAUUGAAAAAGCUUUUAAAGAAGAGCAAGAAAAAGUAGAAAAACAACGCAGAGAAAGAAUAGCUCUUGCUGCAGACCACCUAAAACAAAUAAAGGAACACAAAGAGGAAGAAGAAGAAAGGAAAAAAAAUGAAGAAAAAGAUGCUGAGGAGAUAAAGCGACAGAAUUUGCUGUAUGAACUAGAAAUGAAAAAAAAGUUAAACAAGAAAAAGGAAGAGAUUGAUGAAAGCAGGAAACUAUUCUUUGACCAUAUGUAUAAUAAAAAUAUCAUCAGAGCUAUGGAACAGCAGCAGCAAGAAGAGGAAGAUGAAAAUAUUAGAAAGUUUAUCAAAGCAAAAAAGCAUCUCAUACAAAUGAGGAAAGACAAAGAUGAUGAAACCCACAGGCAAAUGGAAGAACGGAGAGAAAGAAUAAACAACUUCCUGAGUGAACUGAUGAAAGAGAAACUUGAUACUGAAGAUUUGAUUAUUGCUAGAGAUAUUGCUGAAGCUGAGGCUGAAUGGGAGAAAAAAGAAAAAGAAAAACACGAAAAAAAUCAAGUGGAAUUAAAAGCAAUUGCAGAACACAGAGCCAGUGUGGUGAGCAGUUCAAUUAUGGCCAACAGAGCUAAGACAUUUCCUCUGUGGUUUCUACUACCUCUGUCUCUGUGA